CAUCAUCAUCGUUUAACGUCCGCUUUCCAUACUAGCAUGGGUUGGACGAUUUGACUGAGGACUGGUGGACCAAGUGGCUAUAUCAGGCUCCAAUCUGAUUUGGCAGAGUUUCUACAGCUUCCUAACACCAACCACUUCGAGAGUGUAGUGGGUGCUUUUACGUGCCACCGGCACGAAGGCCAGUCAGGCGGUACUGGCAACGGCCACGCUUGAAAUUUCAUGAGAGAUUUCAUCAAAAGUGCUUUAGACAUAUCUUAGGAGUCAAGUGGGAAUGUUUCAUACCAGAUACAGAAGUUUUGUUCAUGGCAUGUUGUAGCUCAAUUGAACAACAUGUUACUUUGGCUCAAAUGAGAUGGACUGGACAUGUUAUUAGAAUGAAAAACAAGCGUUUGCCAAGUGUCUUUUUAUGAUGAGUUCAACUCUGGUAAGCAACCACAACAUAAGCCAAGGAAAAGGUAUAAAGAUUGUGUGAAGGAAAACCUGAAGAAACUAGAUAUGAACAAAAGUGAUAAGGAAAAAUGAUGUUCUAGAUCGGAACAAGUGGAGAGGUGCAAUGCUUGGGAGGAAAAGAUGUUUCAGCACUCUGAGCUUAAAAGAGAUUGUCAUAAAGGAACAGUUGGAACUGUAAUCAACAGUAAACAUUGGAUAUGUAUUAUAUGUGAUCAUGUUCUAUUGUCAAAAGCAGGAUACGUGAAUGAUAUGAAAACACAUGAAAAUCGAAAUGCCCAGAUAGAAUUAUUAUGGAGGGCAACGGAUCAAAUACUGUUUCUAACAUUCAUUGUUCAGGUGUUUGGGGCCACUGAGAAACCUAGAGAUCUGAGGGAAUUACUGAAUCCAGGUAUGAAUAAAACUGAACCAAAUGAGGUUGAACUAAAUAAGGCUGAACCAAAUAAGGUUGAACUGAAUACAGCUGGACUGAACAAGGCUGAACCAAAUAAGGCUGAAACGAAUAAGGUUGAACCGAGUAAGGCUGAACCAAAUAAGGUUGAACCAAGUAAGGCUGAACCACAUAACGCUGAACUGCAUAAGGCUGAACCAAAUAAGGUUGAACUGAAUAAAGUUGAACCAAAUAAGGCUGAACCAAAUAAGGCUGAACUGAAUAAGGUUGAACCGAGUAAGGCUGAACCACAUAACACUGAACUGCGUAAGGUUGAACUGAAUAAAGUUGAACCAAAUAAGGCUGAACCAAAUAAGGUUGAACUGAAUAAAGUUGAACCAAAUAAGGCUGAACCGAGUAAGGCUGAACUGAGUAAGGCUGAACCUAGUAAGGUUGAACUGAACAAGGCUGAACUGAAUAAGGUUGAACCAAAUAAGCCUGAACUGGGUAAGGCUGAACCAAAUAAGGUUGAACUGAAUAAAGUUGAACCAAAUAAGGCUGAACCAAAUAAGGCUGAACUGAAUAAGGCUGAACUGAAUAAGGCUGAACCAAAUAACGUUGUUGAACCAAAUAAAGGUUGAACUGAAUAAGGCUAAACCAAAUAAUUAAAUUGAAAAUAUCAAAGCUGAUUGAACAGUUUUCCAUUAUUUUAUCCAGUUAUCAUCAACUUAUAAUAUUAUGCCAAUUUUUAAGAGUACUAAAAGGUGGCAAGCUGGCAGAAUCAUCAGCACAUCAAACAAAAUACUUAGCAACAUUUCGUCCAGCUCUUUGUAUUCUGAGUUCAAAUUCUGCUGAAGUUGACUAUACUUCUCAUCCUUUUAGAAUAAGUACUGGUGUCAAUGUAAUUGGACUUACUCUUUCCACUAAAAUUACUAGCCUUAUGCCAAAAUUUGAAGCCAAAUUUUGGAAGUACUUUCCUCAAAUAUAUAUAGUUCUUGAUUAUCUGACCAAAAUGAACUGAGAGUGUUUUGUUUGAGUAACUGAUCUGAUUAUAAAACAAAAGAAACCAUACUGAACAUAGUUACUUAAUAAAAAAAAAAUGUUGGCACAGUUUUUGUCAUUCAGUUACUAAAAUUCAUUCUUCUGCAAUCUUUCAAACUAUUGCAUCAUGAGCCAAACACUGCAAAAUCUCACUUUUCUAUUUGAUUGUCAGUGGUGUUUAUUUUCAUGGAUAUAGUAACAACAACAAAUGCAAUUACUUGUUACAUACUUGGAGCAUUUGUAGAGUAAAUGAAGUCAUCGCUGAUUUUGCUACGCUUUUAAAUCCUUUAGAAUUAUUUGUUAAAUUAAUUCAACAGCUUAAACCCUUUUGAUACCAAACUGCCUAAGAUAAUCCCUAGAUCUCUGACACAAACUCCCUAUUGUAAAGUGGUCUAAAAUUCCAUAACCAUUUCAUGUUAAUUCAUUUUUCAAACUCCAGUUUAAUAAUUUAUUUUGCUAAAUAACUUCUUUAUUAAUAAGGUUAAUUAAAACACAGGUAGUGUAGUAGAACAGGAAUUUGGUAACAAAAAGGGUUAAUGUGAUCAACUAAAAUCAAACCAAUCAACAUGUGAUAUUUUGAUAACUGUAAACAACAGAUGUAAUUAUAGCACCAUUGUCGUAAUGUUUUCAUGUGUUCUUCAGUAAAGCAUAUUCUUUUUUAA